AUGUACGCCGCUCAGAAUAUAACGCCAACAGUUUUGGAUGCCAUGAAUGGAAAUGUUUCCGAAUGGUAUAACGAAUGCGACAAUGCCAUUAGAAGGUCAGAAAUAGUUCCUGGAACUUACGAAUAUACAACUGCUGUUUCUUAUGGAAAUGUAGGUGAGUUUGGAGAAGGUUCUUCAACAACAGUAG